AUGGCAAACAAGUACGACGUUUGCUGCACCCGACUGUACAAAGCCUUGACCGAACUGCAGAACUGUGGUUUUUCGGAAGAAGAAGUUCGCGAACAUUGGGCCAGCCAGCGCGCUGCACAACUGAAGUCCAUACCUAGACAAUCGAAAAACGCGGGUAAAAAAUACGUUGACGCAAUCAUUACACUCGAGGACCGCAUACGGAACCGUAUGCUGACCUGUUACGUAGGGCGUAAACUACUUGGCCAUACAACACGUGCAAUUGCGAAGCGCGAGCCUGCAAUUCAGAAUGUCGCACGAAAAUAUAACAGUCUGUGUAACGAAAUGGCCACCUUGAUCAAGAAAGGCAAGGCGCCUGCGGGAGCCACGGUUCCUACUACCAUCAAUCUGACCACAUUCUGGACGCUUGACGUCGAUGAUCCAAUU